CGGUCACGUGAUUGGUGGGCGUGGCCCCCGCACUGAGCUCCGCCCAUCCGCCCGCGCUUGCGCGCGCCCGGCGUCGGCCGCCAUCUUGUGUCGAAGGGCGCGCUGAGGCGGCCGCAGCACUGCAGGAUGGAGAACUAUAAGAAGACCAAAAUUGUGGAGAAGCCUUGUCCUCUUCCUUUCACUGACCUGCCUGCUGAUAUUAUUGAAAUGAAGGUGAAGGAUGGGAGCAAAAUUAGGAAUCUGAUGGGCUAUGCCAUGAGCAAGAUGGAGCAGGAGUCGGUGAGGCAGAUCCUUUUCACUGGCGCAGGCAAGGCUGUCAGCAAGACCAUCACCUGUGUGGAAAUAAUGAAACGAAGGCUCAAGGAGCUGCACCAGAUCACCAAAGUGCUCUUCAAGCAGAUCGAAGAAAUCUGGGAGCCCAUUGUGCCUGAGGCAGGCCUUGAUGCCUUGACAGUGAAGAGAAACAUUCCUGCCAUAUGUGUCCUGCUGAGCAAAGAUGCCCUGGAUCCUCAGGAGCCGGGGUACCAGGCCCCAGGAUCUUUCGAUGCCUUCUGGACUGAGACACUGAAAGCAGAACCGCAGGGCCAGAUGAAGAGGAAGCAGGGUGGAGGCCGGGGAGCUGGCAGCACAGGGAAGCACCCUCGCUCCACCGGGGGAGUGCCGGGGGGGCCCUGAGGCGGCAGCUCUGCGCGUGGUUCAGGAGAGCUGCAGAAGCCAGCCCGAGGCUGUGGCUGCACAGCUGCUGCUGACCACGGGGGCUCGCAGAGGCGUGAGCAGAGGGCAGGAGGAGCAGACUGUUACAACUGGGUGUGAUCGUAGCUGUCUGAAAAUGUGUUUCAAUGAGUUCCCUCACCAGAGGCUGGCAGGCUAUACUCCUUAGGGGUUUGUGGAAGACAGGAAUUGCCUCUGCUUGAGCAAGAACAAUUGGUGUGCUGUCAGUGAGCCCCAGCGAAGGGCUGCGAGCCCAGCGAGGUUUCAGGUGCCUGGGAUGCAGCAGCCCGGGCAGUGGGACAGACGCCUGCCUAUGGCCAAGGGCAGGUUGCUCUGACUGGUGCAAAGGGGAGACAGGACCUGAUGUGGAAUCCCCGGGCAGCUGCCAACAUCACCUGGGCUCAUGAGUGUACAGCCAGCAGGGCCCAGGGCUGGGCCAGCCAUUUCUGUGCCUGAGGAGUCCUUCUGCUCAGCCUGUCAGGGGGGUUGAAUGUAGGACUGCCAGGAUACAGCUCUGUCCGGCAUCAUGUGCACGUAGCUCACUCUGGCUCAGCGGAGGUGGCGGUCGUGGUUCUCUCUCCGAACAGGCAGCAGUCGACUCAUGCUGUAACCUGCCUGAAAUCCUGUGGCUCUGCAGCUGUCCUGGGGUGGUAAUGGGAAGCUCCAAAGGAUCCUGUUCUUUCCCCUUUCUGCUCCUUGAUAAUGCACAAAGAUGGCUUUAAAAUAAAGGUGUAACUUCAUGUAA